AGGCCAUGCACUUCCGGGUGAGUCUUGCGACCUUAGAAACAAUCACAAUAAUGGAGGACGCACAUCCAUGGGGGGAAUACAUAGAUUUUUAUUUCGAUCUUGGUUUAAACUAUAAAGACAUUACGUCGGUGCUUGGUAGUAGACACGGCUUUCAUAUUAGUGAGAGACAUCUGAAGAGAGUUCUCAGCGCAAGGGGACACACUCGUCGCAAAGCGUACUCUGACCUCGCAGCCUUGGUUGAUUUCAUUAGCAACGAGCUGCAGUACUCUGGACAGCUUCACGGAUACCGAUGGAUGUACGCUAAAUGCAGAGAACAUGGACUACGUGUAAGAAAAGAGGAUGUGCGCUUGGUAUUGAAGGAGAUGGAUCCCCGAGGAGUGGCAUUAAGGCAAGCAAGACGUCUCAGGCGAAGGAACUAUUUUUCCAAAGGACCGAACUUCAUCUGGCACCUGGACUCAUAUGAUAAACUAAAGCCAUAUGGCAUUUGUAUUAAUGCGAGUAUUGAUGGUUUCUCAAGGAAAAUAGUCUGGCUUAAUGCCUAUACAACAAAUAGUAAUCCAAAGGUUAUUGGGGGCUAUUACAUAGAAGCGGUACAGCGUUUAAGGGGCUGCCCUAGAGUUGUGAGGGGCGAUCUUGGAACCGAAAAUGGUCAUGUUAGAGGCUUUCAGCGUUUUCUUGUGCCCGUGAACCCAAAUGACACCCUUGACAGUUACUUGGAGGGAGCAAGUUCUGGCAAUCAAAGAAUUGAAUAUUGGUGGCGUUUUCUUCGCAGCCAGUGUCUGGAGUUUUGGUUGUCCUUGUUUGAAGACAUCAGAAACAAUGUCUGCUGUCUGGUGGAUUUCUGGAAAAAAAACCUCCUUCAGUAUUGUUUUAUGGGCCCUAUCCAGGAUGAGCUGGAUGAGACUGCACAGGUUUGGAAUGCACACUCCAUCAGGCCAUCAAAAAACAUCAACAUCCCCAGUGGCCGGCCCAAUGUGAUGUAUACAUUACCUGAGCUCUACAGGACAAGAGACUUCAUUUGCCACGUUGAGGAGGAGCAUGUUGAACUGUGCAAAAAUGAGUGUGUUUUUCGGCAGACCAAACCAUGUGAUCAAGAUGUAUAUGAACUAUGCAGUAUCCUUAUGAGUGAGUCCCAUCGGACUCCACCAACAGACCCAUAUCAGGCUGUGAAUCUGUAUAUGCAUCUAAGAGAGGCCAUCAUGGCAUCACUGUAAAACGUGUGCAGCACAGAACAUUUCUUAACAUUGACCUCAAGGUGCUGUACGUAUGAAAUCAAACAUCUGGAUGUAAAAUGGACUCAAGUUCUCUAGUACACAGCCAUGUUUGAGAAUGACUUAUUGCACAAGUAUUUCAUUUUGUAUUACAGGAAGGUCAGUGGUAAGCUGUGAAAUGACUUCUAUAGUAAUGUUUUUUUGUUUUCCAGUAAGUGAGUUGGCAUUUAUUGACUGGAAUGUAGUUAGCUAUGGUGUCUAGAAUAUAAUGGGUAAAAUACAAAUUCUGUUCUUUGUAUCUGGCAGGCCACACAAAACUGUAUUAUGGGGCAUCAAGACCCUAGGGGCUGCAGUUUGAGAAACUUGACUUUCAGGAUCAAUACAAUCUAACAAUAUUUACUUUUUUUCCCAAUUUAAAUGAUUUAAGACUUAUUGGUGUGCAAAGCUAAAUAAAAUGCUGAUCUUUUGCAGUGUUGGAGGCUCUGAGGUACAUAAACACUAGGUUCUGGUCACCAAAUUAUUCAAAAAUGUAUUUUAUGAGCAGAAAGUUUAAUUUUCUGAACACACCUGUCCUGAUGAGCUUUAAUAAAAUGUAAAUUAAU